AUAUUUCAAGAUGUGUAGUGUGAGAGUGUUAUGUGUGAAAUAGUACUAAUAUCGACGUUUGAGUACUUUAGAUCUCUAGUUUCCUCGCGAAAACGUAGCCAACUCAGAUGCGAAAGUUUAUAUGCGUAUUACUAUUAGGGAUGUACUUUGUUUAACUUAUUUUAGUAUUUCUUGAAAUAUCGAAGGAAAUUGUCUUUACUAUGUACCGUCGCACAAAUCUGAAGAGGGCAUGUGUAAAGGCUGUUAUUGUUAAUACGUACUGCUUGCUACUAUUAUUAGUACUAGCAGAGCUAGGAAUGGUAUAACUGUAACUUCUAAGCCUACUUUUUAUUUCAUUUCUAGUAAGCUUUUGUUAAGGUUUCACUUCCAAAUAGGGGUUUCUCCACGGGGUUACAGUUGACUUCUUUUUCACAACUUUUUAUUCGCGCAGCUUCUUAUUUGCAUAGGUUGAGACUUAUCACUAACUUACGAAUUUAAGAGGUGAAAUUAUUUUGGGCCACUUUCUUCUCUGCAUAUUCUUGAAGGUGAAGAGGAACAUGUCUUCUACAAAAACUAGUAACAUUUAGCCUGGCCCAAGGUGGUUUUCAUAGGUAAAAUUGAGGGUAAUAAACAAUGUCAGCACCAGUAUCAAACCAGAAACCUGUUCUAGCAUCUUUUACUAGUGGAGAGCUGUUUGAAAUUCCUAAGCAUGAUAUACAAGGACAAUGCCGACCUGUUACAGAAUUUGAAAAGUUAAAUAGAAUAGGAGAAGGUACUUAUGGAAUUGUUUAUAGAGCUAGAGACUCUAGGACAAAUGAGAUUGUUGCAAUGAAGAAAGUCAGAAUGGAAAGAGAAAAAGAUGGUGUACCUGUAAGUGGACUUCGGGAAAUUAACAUUUUAUUAAAUCUUCAACAUAACAACAUUGUCAACUUGAAAGAAGUGGUUGUUGGCAAGAGUUUGGACAGUAUAUUCUUAGUUAUGGAAUACUGUGAACAAGAUUUAGCAAGUCUCUUGGACAACAUUCAGACACCCUUCUCUGAAUCGCAGGUGAAGUGCAUAAUGUUGCAGUUGUUCAAUGGAUUACAGUACUUACAUAAAAGUUUUAUUGUACAUCGAGAUCUCAAGGUAUCAAAUCUGCUUCUGACAGAUCAUGGCUGUUUAAAAAUAGCUGACUUUGGACUAGCGAGAAAAUAUGGUGUUCCUUUGAAACCAAUGACCCCUAAAGUAGUGACACUAUGGUACCGUGCCCCAGAGCUUUUGCUUCAGUCCAGAAUACAGACCACAGCUAUUGAUAUGUGGGCAGCAGGGUGUAUCCUGGGGGAGCUUUUGCUUCACAAACCACUGUUGCCAGGACGAUCAGAAAUCCAUCAAAUAGAAUUGAUUAUUGAACUGCUUGGAACUCCUAAUGACCAAAUUUGGCAAGUAAUAUAUUCUUGUUUCAGAUAUAACAACAUCAAGCACAUCUUUCCAUGGCUUUCCCCAGCUGGAAUCAGGCUUUUGAAUUUUCUGUUCAUGUAUGACCCAAGAAAGAGAGCAACAGCUGAAGAUUGUAUUGAGAGUUCAUAUUUUAAAGAACCUCCUUUACGUAAGUAUAAUUCAUGUUUAACACAAUAGUGUUCUAAUGGAUUGCCACUUAAUCAAUAUAUAAUGUAUUUAACAGUUUAAAUAUAUUUAAUAAUGUGAAAUGAUUUGGUGUUUCUGUGAUCAGUGUAACAUAGAGCACAUUAUGAUGAUGAUGUUUUGGUAAACUAAUUUUGUGAUAAAUGUACAUAUAGCAAGUUAUUCUACCUAAUAUGAUGCCUGUAUACAUUGUGCAUGUGCUACAAGAGACUAAGAGCAUAUUUCUGGUGGCUGAAAAAUAAAUGAAUCUCGUUAUUUUUAAAAAUUAGAAUUAUUCUUUUUAAACCUCAAA